GCGCUGUUUUGUGACGUCAUCGCUACUUGGUAGUACUUACGUAUCUAACAUAUCAUAAUACACUAUAGAAUUGAAUGAAAAAUGCACUCAAACGAAUUAAAUCCUGCGAAAAUUUUAUUUUUCAUAUUUUAUCUACAUGAAUAAUGAAUUUAUGAUCAUGUAGGAAUGAUUUUAAUGAAAAAUAAUGAAGAAAUUAGGUUAUAAACAACACUGUUUUUCAACAUUAAAGAUGAAAGUUAUACAUAAACUUGACAAAAUUAUACCUUUUGGCGGAUAAUACAACACUCACUGGUGAAAUAUAAUUAAAUAAUCGUCGAAUCUUGUCAAAAUCCCACUAAAAUCAUCUAAUUGGUUUGAGAUGUUGAUGGUUUCUUGAUUCUUGAUUAGAUAACCUUAUCCAUCCAUUGUAGUUGGAUGGUUGUAUUCACAAUGCAGAUUUAAAACGCAUUUUAGAUUAUAUGGUUCACUAUUCAUUUCACUGCGAUGUUAUUCCAGUAAAACACAGGCACUAGUACACAUCAGUUUUCAUUUUUAUUCACUUCACAAGAUAUCUACACAUCCGAAUCACACAAUGUCACAACACAAACAGAUCGCGAAAAAUUCACUUUUGUACAAAAAUAAAGUAAUCCAACACCGCCAGUAGUUGAAAACAACAAUAUCUCAUCACUACACCACAUUUUAGAACGAAUAUUAAUUAAAAUGUCAUCAUUUUAAUAACGUUUUUAACGAAAGUUUUACUCUAUUUCACGAACUCGCCAUUUAAAUGUACGUUAAAAUUCAAAUGGUAAACACAAUCGAGCCAUCUACUAGUGGUGACGUCAGAAGGUGAUAACGAUUCAGCGCUCAGGCCUUUUACUAUAGGUGGUAUUGGUUUUAUUUCGUGUUUUCAAAUUUGCUGUUAAUUUUCUGUCAGUUUUACGUUUAAUACGGUUUAAUAUUAAUUAAUUCGAUUAAAAUUCUCGUUUAAUAGAAUCUUCUCGAGUUGCAGCAGUCAUUGAUAUGCGAUAAACGUAUAAAUCUAUCGAGACAGUGCCCAUUCUAAUGAAGUAAAAGUUCAUUUCGAAACGCAGAUUUCCCACCGAAGACCGCCGAAACUUCAGAAUGUUUGAAGCUCAUACAAUUAACGCUCAGCAUAAAGAUCUUAUUCACGAUGUCGCGUAUAAUUACUACGGAGAUCGAAUGGCCACUUGCUCCAGCGAUCAGUUUGUGAAGAUAUGGGAUCAAGAUGAACACGGCAGUUGGAGUUUAUCAGCAGCUUGGAAAGCUCAUAGUGGAUCUGUAUGGAAAGUGACAUGGGCACAUCCAGAAUAUGGCCAAGUAAUCGCUACCUGUUCUUUCGAUCGAACUGCUUCCAUAUGGGAAGAAAUCAUCGAUCCGAACAUUUUGAAAGAAAGUGGCGGUCGUCAAUGGGUUCGAAGAGCUAAUCUAGUAGAUUCACGUACUUCCGUGACCGAUGUUCGAUUCACGCCGAAAACCAUCGGUCUGUUUUUAACCACUUGUUCGUCCGAUGGUAUUUUGAGAAUCUACGAAGCUCCCGAUAUAAUGAAUUUGAGUCAAUGGACGCACCAACACGAAGUAUCGAGUAAACUAUCUUGCAGUUGUUUAUCCUGGACUAGUUCGUUCAACAGGACUCAUGUUCCUUUGGUUGCCAUUGGCAGUGAUGAUAAUAAUGUUACCGCUGGUCCUAAGGUUCUUAUUUACGAAUAUACCGAAGCGUUUCGUAGGUUUUCCAAAAUAAAUGAAACCGUACCUCAGUGUUUGGAUGCUGUUCACGAUAUCACGUUCGCUCCUACUUUGGGAAGAUCUUUCCAUUUAUUAGCCAUUGCUACUAAAAACGUCCGUAUCGUUAAAGUGAAACCGAUAUUAGAAAACUCGGCCAAUGUACAAGGAAGUCUGAGUAAAUACGAAAUCACAACCGUGGCUACGUUCGAAGACCACAACUAUACGGUUUGGAGAGUCUCGUGGAAUGUUCUAGGAACAAUUUUAGCAUCUUCCGGUGACGAUGGCUGUGUUCGAUUGUGGAAAUCUGAUAAAGAUUUUUGGAAAUGUGUAACCGUCCUGAAAGGCGACGGAAGUAUGUCUGAUACAGCUGCAGCGAGUGUAACAGCAGCUUCUAUUUCGAAUCCAGCCAAAGCAAGGUACUUAAAACUUGGCUCUAUAAGCCAUCCUAAUCAAGUACCCAAUCAUUAGCUUCUGUUCUGGUUUUUCUCUCUCUCUUAUAAAGUGUUUGUAUUUUGUGCUCGGUUAUUCGUAAAGAUAAUAUUGUGUAUCGUCUGUCGCGCUAACGAUUCAAAAAAGAAUAGUCGUAGUUAUUUUACUUUAUUAUUUUUAUCUUCUUUUCUAUCUCUACAAUAACAUAUUCAUACGAGGUGUUUUUUUCUUCAUUGUUCGAUAUUUUUACGUGUAAAUCAAGCUAAAGAAGAACGUGAGAAAAUACAUUGUUGGUUUAAU